UGCGACAUUUCUUCUCCUCGGAGUGACGCAAAUCCUGCGCGCGUUUAUUUGAUCGGACGGUGUGCGCGCGCUCAGUGUGAGCCUGUGUAGUGUAUUAGACAUUCGAAAGGAUUUAACGUCAUUCUUCUUCUCUUCUUAUUCCUAUUAUUACCGGUUAGAAAUUAGAGACUGAAUCGGGAUGUUUACUCCACGCGGAACACCAGGCACACCGGGACGCCGGCACACCACCAGAACCGGCGGCAGGAAGAACAUCAACACUCCGUCAGGACUGCUGUUCUCCCCACGGAGAGCUUCUCUUACACCCGGCCGAGCAACUCCGACACGUGUACAGAGCUGCACCACGGUGGACUCGGACCACUUUGACGUGCAGACGUUCGGCUCGUCUCUGCCUGUUAAAGUGAUGGAGGCUCUGACCAUGGCAGAAGCGGAUGACCAGAUCUCGGUGAAGGUGGAGGAGACGGGCUGGGCGUGGAUGGUGUGUGGGGAGAGGCUGAUCAUUUGGAAGAUCUCACAGACUGCAGUAGCGAAGUUGUCUGUGUGUAAGGACCUGCAGUUGUCCCCCAGUGUGUACGCCUACAGUGCUGAUCUCAUCUCCAUCAGCUCAUCAUCUGCGCUGGAGUCAGCAUCGGUGCAGUCUGUGUGUGUGCUGGCCGUGUCUCCGGAGGGUUCGGCCCGGUUCUGGCCCAGUCUGGCCCACGAGGGGACGUACACAGAGACGCACACGGAUCUGGGAGGACAUCUUUGUAACUACGUCACGGCCGUCAGGGGGGGCAGCUUCAUCGUGUCCUCGUACCGCGGGCAGCUGCUCCGGGUCGGUAUGGAGGCUUCCGGAAAGCUCUAUCAGCGGGCGGUGCAGCAGGGACAGGGGAUGCUGUCAGGGAUCGGACGACGCGUCUCGAGUCUGUUCGGCCUUCGCAGCCCCCCCGCCGACACCAGCGUGUAUAGUGUGUUGUGGGCUCGAGACUCAGGAUGCCUCUACACUCUCAGCACGUGUGGUUUGAACAAGUGGGAGGUCGGGGACACCACGGAGGUUCAGGUCCUGAGCUGGAACGCCUGCCCGAGUCUGUCAGACAGCAUCGCAGACGCCAUCUGGGGUUCGGAGAGUAACUAUGCAGAGAUGAAGGCAGGUGUUAACGUGGCAUAUCUGGACAUGCAGCUCAGUCACACUGGUUUGGUUGUGUUAGCUGCAGCGUGGCAUCCUGCUGAUAAUCCAUGUUUGGCGUAUUUCUGCUUGGUCACACUUCCAGACACCAUGCUACCUGCGUCAGAAGAACUCUAUGUAGAGGUCACCAAGUACAACCCUCCAUUUCAGAGUGAGGAGGAGCUCCAUAAGACGAGGUUGGUGUUGCCGCGGGUGAAAAGUCCUGCCGCGUAUCUCUAUAACGAGGAGCUGGUGUACACGUGCACCACCGGUGCCGGGCGCAGCGGCCUCCCUGAAGAGAAGCUCACGUUCAAUGCCUCCGGUGACCGUAUUCGCGGCGGAGGCGUGUGUGCCGACUUGCCCGUUGUCUUCUCCCAUAUGAACGGCCUGGUUGCCGUGGUGCCCAGAGAGAGUGCCUCCAUCUUGCCAGAGACCAUGGAGGAUUCUCUGUGUACUUCCCUGGCCGGACCUGGACCUGAGGGGGCGCUGGAAACAACGCUGAAAAUGGACACAGUAGCACAGGAGGACAAAACGAAGCUGCUGAAACAAGCCUUCCUGGAGUUCUGCCGGAACCGCGUGAUGGAGGCCCAGAAGAUAACGGAUGAGCUCUUUCCAGAUGACGGCGAGGGCGGGGUGAGAGGGGAGCUGGACACACUGGUUACUCAGAUCGACCUGGACCUGGUGGACGAUUACCCCGCCUCAGAUCCUCGCUGGGCCGAGUCUGUGCCUGACGAGAACGCCGGCUUUCCGUUGACCUCUCUGAUCCUGCUGCACCAGCUGGAGGACAAAAUGAAAGCUCACCACUUCUUCAUGGACUUCCUGCUGCAGACCGGGCUCCUGGACCGUCUCACCUGGACGACAGUGCGCUCGUCUCCCAUGGCGACGCGGCUGCUGCUGUGCGAACACGCUGAGAAGCUGUCAGCGGCCGUCGCUCUGAAGAACCAUCACAGCAAGCAGCCGGAGCUGGUGAACGCCGCCAUCGCCGUCACGCUGAGUAAAACCGCCAAGAGCGUCCCCUCCAGCCUCACACCUGCUGACGUCUUCUUCAGAGAGGUGUCUCGGAUCUCGUCGAUCUUCGAGUCUCUGCUGGACGAGGAGGAGAAGUGUCUGAAGGAGAACCCUGUGACCUCUGUGAAGUGGGCGGAAGUCGUGCUCAGCGUCAACAUCAUCAUCAAGGAAAUGCUCCAAGCGGCAACACAGUACAGAGAGACUAAAGCAUCCCUCUACAGGGCAGCAGAAAACGCCCCACCGGAGCCAGAGUACAUCCCAUGGACAGCCUCGGGUGGAGUGGGUGGAGUUCGUACAGUCAUCACCCGGCAGCAUGACGUGAUCCUGCGCAGCGUGUAUCCUCAUGCCGACUCGGGACUCCGUAGCACUCUCAGCGAGCAGCUGGUGGCGCUGUUGGACUCGCUACUCGGCGGCUACGUGGCCCAACUGACCUCGCUGCGUCGCCCCCGGCAGCAAGAGCGCUACGACGCACUGGAGAUGGAGUACACGCAGCGGCGCUCCGAACUGCUCACACCGCUACUUGAGCUGGGUCAGUAUCAGUGGGUGGCAGCGUUGGCUGAGAAAUAUUGUGAUUUUGACAUCCUGGUGCAGAUGUGUGAGCAGACGGACAACCAGACUCGCCUACAGCACUACAUGACUAAAUUUGCUGACCAGAAUUUCGCCGACUUCCUGUUCCGCUGGUACAUGGAGAAGGGGAAGAGAGGGAAGCUGUUGUCUCAGCCCAUCGCUCAGCACCAGCAGCUUGCCAGCUUCCUGCAGGCCCAUGAGCACCUGAGCUGGCUGCACCACAUCCACGUGCAGGACUUCCAGAGUGCCCACCACACCCUGUACAGCCAGGCUAACUCGGAGACGCGCUACUUCAGCAAGAAGAAAACCCUGCUAGCGCUGAGCAAACUUACAGCUUUGGCCUCAGACAUGCCCGAACCGCUGCAGCGCCAACAAGUGAACGAUAUUGUGGAGCAGGAGCGUUUCCUCCUUCAUCAGGAGACUCUUCCUAAACAGCUGCUGGAGGACAAGCAGCAGAACAUGGACACCAUGCCUCUACUGAGUGCCCAUAAUCUUGUUAAUCUGUAUAUAUGUGAUGAAAACCGUGGCGCUAAUGAGUACGACUUCAAGAAAGCCCUCGACCUGUUGGAGUACAUCGACAAGGAAGAUGCUGUGGAUGUUGCAGCUCUGAAGUGUGCAAUUUUCAGCAAAGCCUUGAAGAAAGACUGGAAAGAAAAUUGGGAAGCCUCAGAUGGCAGUGAUGAUCCUUUGGAGGCGGCGAGCGACAGCAUCUUUGUUAAAAUUCUCCAAAAACUCAUUCAAGAAGGGGUUCCUCUGCACGAGUAUCUACCCGAUGUAAAGGAGCUGCUGCAGGUGGAUGAGUUGAACUGCCUCAAAUCUAAACUUUUUGAGUUCUUACUGAGAGCCAACUAUGAGCACUUCAUCCAGUCUCAGAUCUGACCCAGGCUUUCUGUCCUGACUUUUUACGUGCUCUUCUCUCUCCAUGUGGGUUUUGUUUUUGUUGUUGUUGUUUUUUUUUGAAUAAAUGAUGUAUUUGUGUA